GUAAAAGCCCGUUCUCCUGCCGCUGCCAAGCUGUGGUCAAUACGCUUCUACUUCAUAGAGCCACCAGGCAAAUCCACUCCCUUUGGAAACCCUGACUUUCCUUCCUCAGGCGAUUCUUCAUUGUAUUCUGGCCGGAAAGUUCUCAGAAGUUAUUUCCGACCAUCGUCAGAUCAAGAUCUAAUUGAGAACGGAUGCGUUAGAUCUUUCUUAUUUAGCGGGCUUCUAUUAUAGUUUCAGUAUUUAGAGACGAAAAAUCAACAUCGCUUGCAUCAAGCAUUUCCGCAUUCGAAUAAAAAAAUCAUAGCUUAAUCAACCUCGGUGAUCAUAUAGUUUUGUAGGCUAGCAGGGAAAGAUGGUGAGAUUCCAUGUGGGGGGCAAGGUGGUUGAAGUGGUCGAUCUGCUGAAGAAGCGGCAUAGUGGCUGGCGCUUGGAUGUGUGGCCCUUUGCUAUUCUUUAUAGUACAUGGAUUUUUCUGGCGGUUCCCAGCCUUGAUUUCACUGAUGCUCUGAUCGUUCUUGGUGGUCUUGCUGUGUUUCACAUCCUUGUGCUGCUUUUCACGGCGUGGUCUGUCGAUUUCAAAUGCUUCGUUCGGUUCAGAAAGGUCAGUGACAUACGCUCUGCAGAUGCAUGCAAAGUUGUUCCUGCUAAGUUUUCUGGUGCUAAAGAAAUUGUUCCUCUUCACUUCCAAAGAACUGUUGUGGGGCCGUCAUUCAGCAGCCUUGAGGAGAUAUACUUUGAUUUUAGAAAGCAACGUUUUGUUUUUUCUGAUCAGAAGGAAACUUUCUGCAAGCUCCCUUAUCCAACAAAGGAAUCGUUUGGCUAUUAUCUUAAGAGCACUGGACACGGGACAGAUGCUAAAGUUACUACAGCUACUGAUAAAUGGGGGAGAAAUGUGUUUGAGUAUCCCCAGCCAACAUUUCAGAAGCUAAUGAAAGAACAAUGCAUGGAACCAUUCUUUGUGUUUCAAGUCUUUUGUGUGGGCCUCUGGUGUUUAGAUGAAUAUUGGUAUUACAGCUUGUUCACUCUCUUUAUGCUUUUUCUUUUCGAGUCAACAAUGGUCAAGAGCCGAUUGAAAACCCUGACUGAACUUAGACGUGUAAGAGUUGAUGGUCAGACACUGAUGGUCUAUCGAAGUGGCAAGUGGGUGAAGCUAUCUGGGACAGAUCUUCUUCCUGGAGAUGUUAUUUCAAUUGGGCGCUCCAAUCAGAACGGGGAUGAUAAGUCUGUGCCAGCUGACAUGCUUUUAUUAGCUGGAAGUGCGAUAGUAAAUGAAGCCAUACUCACAGGCGAGUCUACUCCUCAGUGGAAGACAUCAAUUGCUGGCAGGGGUUUAGAGGAGAGAUUGUCUAUCAGACGGAGUAAAAACCAUAUCCUCUUUGGCGGAACAAAAAUAUUGCAGCAUACUCAGGAUAAGUCAUUUCAUCUGAAAACACCUGAUGGGGGGUGUGUGGCUGUUGUACUACGAACGGGAUUUGAAACAAGUCAAGGAAAAUUGAUGCGAACUAUUUUGUUUUCUACUGAGAGGGUGACUGCAAAUAAUCGGGAAAGUGGACUAUUCAUUUUGUUUUUGGUUUUCUUUGCCAUCAUUGCUGCUGGUUAUGUACUUAAGAAGGGUCUGGAGGAUCCAACGAGAAGUAAAUACAAGCUUAUUUUAAGCUGCUCAUUGAUAAUCACUUCAGUCAUCCCUCCUGAGCUGCCCAUGGAGCUUUCAAUAGCUGUAAAUACAUCUUUGAUUGCAUUAGCACGCCGUGGCAUUUUUUGCACAGAACCAUUUAGAAUACCGUUUGCUGGAAAGGUUGACAUAUGUUGCUUUGAUAAAACUGGAACUCUUACAUCAGAUGACAUGGAGUUUCGAGGAAUUGUUGCUUCAACAAAUAAUCCAGAUUUGGAGUCAGAUGCGACUAAAUUGCCUCGACGCACUGUUGAAGUGCUUUCUGCAUGCCAUUCAUUGGUUUUUGUAGAUAAUAAACUGGUUGGCGAUCCUCUUGAGAAGGCUGCACUAAAAGGAAUAGACUGGACUUACACAUCAGAUGAGAAGGCCAUGCCUAAAAAGUCAAAUGGUAUUGCAGUCCAGAUUGUACACAGAUAUCAAUUUGCAUCUCAUUUAAAAAGAAUGGCUGUUGUGGUCCGCAUUCAGGAAGAAUUCUUUGCUUUUGUUAAGGGCGCCCCAGAAACUAUCCAAGACCGGCUGAUUAAUUUGCCAUCACAAUAUGUGGAGACUUAUAAGAAGUACACUCGGCAAGGAUCCCGUGUUCUGGCUCUUGCAUACAAAUCACUUCCUGAAAUGGCUGUCAGUGAAGCACGAGGCUUGGAAAGAGAUGUUGUGGAAAGUGGGCUGACCUUUGCUGGGCUUGCAGUUUUUAACUGCCCAAUCAGACCCGACUCUGCUUCGGUCCUAAGGGAACUUAAAGAUUCAUCACAUGACUUGGCUAUGAUUACUGGAGACCAAGCUCUGACAGCUUGUCAUGUAGCAAGUCAAGUUCACAUUAUCUCAAAACCUGCUUUGAUUCUAGUACAAAAUGGCGAAAGUUUUGAUUGGGUUUCUCCUGAUGAAACCGAUUCAGUCACAUUCAGUGAGAGUCAAGUGGAAGCUUUGUCAAAUUCCCAUGAUCUCUGCAUUGGUGGGGACUGCUUUGAAAUGCUGCAGCGCACUGGUUCUGUGCUUCAAGUCAUUCCUUAUGCUAAGGUUUUUGCUCGGGUUGCUCCAGAGCAGAAAGAGUUAAUCUUAACCACUUUGAAAACAGUUGGAAGGAUGACGUUGAUGUGUGGAGAUGGAACCAAUGACGUUGGUGCUCUCAAGCAGGCCCAUGUUGGUAUAGCUCUACUAAAUGCCAUGCCACCACCAAAAACUGGAGAGGCAACCUCACAAGCAUCGUCUUUGGACAGCAGAACUGCAAAGCAGAAGAAGCCAAGGUCCUCUGCAGAGUCUUCAAACCACUCUCUGCACCCCAACCGCCAUCUCGCGGCAGCGGAGAAGAAGCUGAAGAAUGCGUUGGAUGAGAUGAAUGCGGAGGGCGACGGUCGCAGCGCCCCCGUCGUCAAGCUCGGUGAUGCCUCCAUGGCUUCACCUUUCACCGCAAAACACACAUCAGUUUCCCCAACCCUCGACAUCAUUCGCCAAGGAAGAAGCACGCUGGUAACCACGCUCCAAAUGUUCAAAAUCCUCGGCCUCAAUUGCCUUGCGACAGCGUACGUGUUGAGCGUAAUGUACCUCGACGGCGUCAAACUCGGCGACAUGCAAGCCACAAUCAGCGGCAUCUUCACCGCCGCCUUCUUCCUCUUCAUAUCUCACGCCCGACCUCUGCAAACCCUGUCGCCUGCCCGUCCCCACCCCAACAUCUUUUGCGCCUACGUUUUCCUUUCUCUCCUCGGCCAGUUCGCCAUGCACCUCAUUUUCCUCGUCUCCGCCGUCAACGAAGCCGCAAAACACAUGCCCGAAGAAUGCAUUGAACCCGAUUCCGAAUUCCACCCAAAUCUUGUCAAUACCGUAUCAUAUAUGGUGAACAUGAUGAUUCAGGUGGCAACCUUUGCUGUUAACUAUAUAGGCCGUCCUUUCAACCAAAGCAUCUCAGAGAACAAACCCUUCCGCUACGCCUUGUUCGCUGCUUUGGGUUUCUUCGUCGUCAUCACCUCGGAUUCAUUCAGGGAUCUGAAUGACUGGCUGAAGCUUGUGCCACUUCCGGCGGGGAUGGGAGCCAAGCUGCUGUUUUGGGCUGCCCUAAUGUUUUUGGGAUGUUAUGGAUGGGAGAGACUCUUGCGGUGGGCUUUUCCUGGUAAGAUGCCGGAAUGGCGGCGGCGGCAAAAGCAGGCAUUGGUUGCCGCUAGAGAAAAGAAGAAUGCUUAGCAUCUGUCACAAUGGUUUUGAUUUCAGUACUUGGAGAUGAGUCAAUCAUUUAUACAAGUAUGACAGAUCAUCAAUUUUGAUUUUUUGGGUUCACAACCAGUGAUUUUACUGAAAAGGAGAAUUCUUUAUUUCCGAAGAUUAUUGAAAUUUUUUUUUUGGUUACCAUAUUGAACUUCGUUAUUUUUUUUGUUUCCUUUAUCAAAUUGGAAUAUGCAAACAGAUUAUUGCAGCUUUAACAAAGAUGAAUCUUCGUUGCAUGUAUUGUACACUUAGGGUGGAUGACAAUAAAGCAUAUUUGUUGAUGGUAGUUUGCCGAUGCA